AACUGCUGCUAGUGUGCCACAGGCGUGACCCGGAACUUCAAAACUUACCAAGCCGAAAUAAUAGCGUGUAGGAGGAGAGCAGAGCUGUUGGCGAGGAAAUGGUUACACAGGAAGCCAGAGACCUUUUUUUCUUAUGUUUUGUUGUUAUUGUUGUUGUUCCAUAUUUACCUGUAAAGGCAUUCGUCUGAAUUUCCAUAUAAAACGGCACGCUUCUGGAUGAUAGGCAUGGUGAACCUCGGGGGGCUAUUCUUACUUCUGAAGCGUGUGAGAAACUGAAGCCGAUCCCACAGAAUGGGGAACCAGGGCAACCUGGAAGACGUAUUUGUAGCUGUGAUUCGACCGAAGAAUCCCGUCAGUCUGAACUCCAAGGAAUACAGGGCCAAGGCGUAUGAGAUUCUUCUCUUAGAAGUUCCUUUGGAAGGGAAGGAAAAGAAGAGGAAGAAAGUUCUUCUAAGAACCAAAAUCCAAAUAGAUGGUGAUAAAUCCAGGUCAAUUUUAGAAUAUGUGGAUGAGACAACCAAACCUGUAUCGAACAACCAAGGGUUCAAAGGUAAGCGAGUGGUACACAUGAGGACGUUUCCUCUGGAUGGGGAGAACGCGGGGAAGGAGGCCUCUUUGUUCGUUGUGCCAGUCACUCCCAAAGACAACAGCAAGCCUGUGUAUUGCCCCGGGAGUCCAAGCUUUUACUGCUUUCAAGACAUCAUGCGAGUGUGCAGUGAGACGAGCACUCAUUUCUCUACUAUUACAGCUCGGAUGCUCAUAGCUCUGGACAAGUGGCUCGCCGAGCAGCACGCCGUACCCCACGCCAUACCAGCGCUCUUCAGACCCGCCCCUGUGGAGCGGGUUAAAACCAAUGUCACCAACCCUGCCUAUUCCAUUGAGAGCAGCCAGUCAGAAGACACGCUGCACAUGGGCUACACUGCCCUGGAGAUAAAGAGCAGGAUGAUGUCUCUGGAGAAAGCAGACAUGUGUAUUCAGAACCCACUCUAUGGCUCUGAUCUGCAGUAUACAAAUCGGGUGGACAAAGUGGUCAUAAAUCCGUACUUUGGCCUUGGAGCUCCAGACUAUUCCAAAAUCCAGAUCCCAAAGAGGGAGAAAUGGCAGCACAGCAUGAGCAGUGUGACUGAAGACAAGGAGCGGCAGUGGGUGGAUGACUUCCCCCUGCACCGCAGUGCCUGCGAGGGGGACACCGAGCUGCUCACCAAGCUGCUGGACAGCGGCUUUUCGGUCAAUCAGCUGGACAGUGAUCACUGGGCCCCCAUACACUACGCUUGCUGGUGCGGAAAGGUGGAAGCCACACAGCUGCUGCUGGACAAGGGGAAAUGCAAUCCCAACCUCCUGAACGGGCAGCUGAGCUCCCCGCUGCACUUUGCUGCAGGAGGAGGACAUUCCGAAAUAGUGCAGCUUCUGCUCCAGCACCCGGAAAUCGACAGGCACAUCGUGGACCAACAGGAACGAACACCAUUACAAGUCUGUGAAGAGAACAAGCAGAACGAUUGGGAGGCAACUGUUAAGUCCCUCCAACAAGCCAUGAACAAACCAUAUGAAAAGGUGCGGAUCUACCGCAUGGACGGCUCGUACCGCUCUGUGGAGCUGAAGCAUGGGAACAACACCUCUGUGCAGCAGAUCAUGGAAGGCAUGAGGCUGUCCCAGGAGACGCAGCAGUACUUCACCAUCUGGAUCUGCUCCGACAACCUCAGCCUCCAGCUGAAGCCGUAUCACAAGCCCCUGCAGCACCUGCGCGUCUGGCCAGAGAUCGUCAACGAGCUGACCGUGCUGGAUCCCCAGAGGGAAACCCCCCAGCUCUUCCUCCGCAGAGACGUGAGGCUGCCCCUGGAUAUCGAGAAAAAGGUUGAAGACCCCCUGUCCAUUCUCAUACUGUUCGACGAAGCCCGCCACUGCUUGCUCAAAGGGUUCUUCCCCUGCCCUGACAGCAAGCUGAUAACCCUGGCAAGCCUGCUGCUACAGAUCAUCUACGGAAAUUACGAGAGUAAAAAGCACAAGCAAGGAUUCCUCAAUGAGGAAAAUCUGAAAUCAAUUGUCCCAAUUACAAAGGUGAAAUACAAAGCACAUCAUUGGACAAACAGGAUUCUCCAUGAAUACAAGAGCCUCAGCACCAGUGAGGGUGUGAGCAAAGAGAUGCACCAUCUCCAGCGUCUCUUCCUGCAGAAUUGCUGGGACAUCCCCACCUAUGGAGCGGCCUUCUUCACCGGCCAGGUCUUCACCAAGGCCAGCUCCAGCAACCACAAAGUCAUCCGGGUCUCCAUUGGGGUCAACACCAAGGGGCUGCACCUCAUGAACAUGGAGACCAAGGCCCUGCUCAUCAGCCUGAAGUACGGUUCAUUCAUGUGGCAGCUGGGAGAGGCAGACCAGUACUUCCAGAUCCACAGCCUGGAGAAUAAAAUGAACUUUAUUGUGCACACCAAGCAGGCUGGCCUCAUUGUCAAGCUGCUAAUGAAGCUGAGUGGACAGAUGACGCCUAAUGACCGAAGUUUAUCUGACAAGUACGCCUAUGGAUAACUUGACGUUUAAUGGACACAGAUGAACGUUUUUGUUUAAUAGUUCUUCAUUGGUUUGUAUGCGGGAGUGUUACUGGAUUCUGUCCAGUCAUUUCCAGAGUGGUCCUCAGCGUCUUGCUUCAGAUGGUAGCCUCUUUAUUAACUUUCACAGUUUUUUUAUUGCUAUUUUUGUAGUCGACAUUGAGGUAGAGUUUCUUUUAUGCUUUUUGUACAUAUGUAUUAUUGUUUCAUUUUAUUAAAGAGUAUAUAUAUUGCAGGGUGCCUGA